AUGAGCUGUUUCCGAAUCCGCCCGGCAGAGCCCCAGGACUGUCCUGAAAUCCUGCGCCUCAUCAAAGAACUAGCUGCAUAUGAAAAUAUGCCAAAUGCAGUAAAAUUAACAGAAAAAGACUUGCUUGAAGAUGGCUUUGGAGAACAUCCUUUCUACCACUGUCUAAUAGCAGAGGUGCCAAAGGAGGGACAAACAGGAAGUAGUUGCAUUGUAGGUUAUGCUAUGUAUUACUUUACAUAUGACCCUUGGAUUGGCAAGUUACUUUACCUGGAAGACUUCUAUGUCAUGGAACCAUAUAGAGGCUUGGGCAUUGGCUCGGAAAUCUUAAAGACAUUAAGCCAGAUAGCAAUCAAAACAAACUGUAGCUGCAUGCAUUUCCUUGUAGUCAUUUGGAACAAGCCAUCUAUAGAGUACUAUGUGAGACGUGGAGCUUUAGACCUUUCCACUGAAGAGGGCUGGCAUCUCUUCAGAUUUGACAAAGAGAAUCUUCUCAGAAUGGCAUCUGGAGAAUGA